AUUUGUUUAACCGUGGUUUAUAAUUCUUAAUUUGAUGAAAUGUCAGAAUCAAUACCGUAAUUUUAUUCAGUUAAAUAUAAUUUUCAAUUAAUAAGGACUUUUUAGCUGUAUGGGACUGCCGGUAUUAUUAAAUUCAUGCGGGUACACUUAAAAAUCACUUGUAAUGUGUUGGCGAUUUAGUAUCUACGACAUUCAGUGAUAAAAGGAAAUUAAAAACAUUUUGUUCAUGGCAAAGAUUGUGUCUACGAAAUUUGGCGACCGUCGGCUCGUGCAUUUGCCUCCUGUGAAUUUCCAACAGACCAGGACGCCGGAUGUGGACACGCUUGCACCGCCCGAACGCGCCGUGCAGGAUCACCACAGGCAGCACGAGAGACCGCCCGGGGUUCCGCGGAUCGUGCCGAAGGACUAUUCGUACAGAGGGACCAAGCCACGUCCGUUGAAAGUUCAAACCCAGUACCCUGAUGGUAACUUAGUGACGGAGAAACCGGAAGGGGGCCGGUUUGGGGACCGGAUAUUCCACCAGCUCCUGGACGAGGCUAACGCUCGGAGCCUGCAGGGCUACCCCCAGGGCCAGUACCCCGUGGUGCCGCCCGUGAGUGGGGCACCGAACUACAUGCAAUACACGGAGCAAGGACUCGCCUCUCUAGCACAGCAACAACCGCCGCUGCCACAGCCUGGUCAACAGCCUUAUCCAUCCUACAACCAGGCCCCGCCUCCUCAGUUCCCGGGGUACUAUCAGCCGCAAUCGACUUCAAACCCUGUCAUGCCACCAGCACCUUACCCAACACCUGUAACGUCAUUUCCGGGACACAAUCCCAACGAGCGUCAUAUAUACUACGGUCCGAACGGCGAAAUCCUUCCGGGACCUCCUCCCGGCGUAAACCCACAAUAUUCUCAAAACACUCGAGACUAUCCGGAAGACUUCGCCAUUGAAGGACUGUUGCAUCAUGGUCGUUUAACGUCAGUUCUUUUAGUCGAGGCGUCACGAGGUUUUCCGAAGAUUCCCGACUAUCUCAUUAAAGACUUGUUUGAGAAGUAUCGGCAGUUCGAGAAGACGGUCGUCCGGAUCGUUGUGCGCCGGGGACAAGCGUACGUGCACGCCAGCCCGGAUGUGGGUGUCCCUCCGCCUGGAGGCGCGCAGCCGGAAUACGUACCCGUGUAUCUCGAAGACGACGAAGAGUUUGACUACGAGACAUUCCUGCGUGAAUAUCAGACAGGUCGCUACCGAGACGGUGUGAUGAUAAGCCCCCGACGGCGGUACGGCAACCCCGCCCCAAUUCCGCGUUCCUACCCAUCCAUAAAUUACAGGGACGACGGGCGAUAUUCGCCGGAUAUCCGGCCUUCCACCGAAGAUCCAAUAUCACAUUUGCGGUGGCAAAAAAGUGACGAUGGGCGACGGCGGCCAGGGACCAUAGCCUUUCCGCUGGAAACGCCGCAAACCGGAAACUAUAGGUCACGUCUACCGGACUGAAAGUUGAAACCACACAUCACCUGUAUACAUGCAUUUUAAGUUUUUAUUCA